GCAAACUACCCUUCCAAAUGAUGUUGACAUACCAUUAUCAACUAUGUAUGAAGUCACACGCAAAAGAACUGAGGGGCGUCAAUAUAAAAGUUCAUAUGAAGAUACUGCCACAAAAAUUAUUGAAAUGAAGAAUUAUGAGGCAGAAAAUAAUGAAGAAGGUGAAGCUGCAAUUGAUGGGUAUGCUGCAAUUAUGUCAAAGGAGAAAAGUGGUGGUCCAAUAAUGUGUGGAAGAGGUGUCACCAAGAAAGACCUUGUUAAUACAAAAGAGACCGUACAGUCAUAUGUCAUGACUUCUAAUGAUAUGGAGACAGUCAUGAGCACUUUGAGAAAGGAGAUUGAAGAAAAAAAUGAGAAAAAGGAUGCCGAGCUAGAACAAAUGCGGAAGGAGCGUGAAGUUGAGAAACAGAAGAUGGAUUUGAUUCUAGCAAAACUGUCUGCCAUGAUUCCAAAUUUUGAUGUCAACUCGCUUGGAGUAUAGAGUCAGAGAUAUUUAAUUAGCUAGUUUUUUAAAGGA